CGCUCUGCCGCCCCCUGCUGGGAGGCGGUGGUGUGGCCUGAUCUCUGUCCAGCUAAAUCCUCAGAGGUGAGGGAUCUCCAGGAAGAAAUGCAGGCGUCUGCCGCCAUGAACCCCGGAGCCGAUCCUGCCGAGGACGUUCUCCUCCAGCAUCCGUGGCUUCCCGUCACCAUCGCCGGCUGCCAGCUCCUGGCUAAGAGCUGGUUCGGAGAGACGGCGUACCGCGUCCUGCUGACCGACCUGCAGUGCGUGUGGGAGGAGAGGAUGGACGCAGCUGCCAUCGAGAGACGAGCGCAGGAGCUGAACCGGCGUCUGCGCGCGUCGGGCGAGGCGUUCUUCUCCCACCUGCGUGAGGUGGCUCAGCCCUGCCUGUCGGACGGCGGCCGAACCGGCGACCAGGUUCAGAUCUCUGUGAGCCGACAGGAGGAUGGAAACCUGGCGCUGAGGCUGAAGAGCGACCUGGCAGGGCUGCCUUUCUACUGGGAGUUCCACUGCAGCCCCGCUCCCGUCGCUCUGGUGUGCGGUCAGCUGGUGCGCCCCCUGCUGGCAAUGAGCCGCCUGCUGCAGAGGCAGGUGGAGCACCUGGGAGACCUGCUGGUGAGGAAGGACGAGGAGAUCCAGGACUACCAGGAGAACGGCGCCACGCUCAGCAGAGAGCGCCUGCAGACGGACGUUUUUGACCGGCAGCCCCACACAGAGGCCUUCAUCCACAAGACUCUUCCUCUCCUGUGGUCCGAGCCAUCAGACGCUCACGGGUUCAACGCCGACCUCCAGCAGCUGUACGCCGCCGUCGUCGCUCACAGGAGCGCGCAGAAGCGGAAGCGCCCUGAAGAGACGGGUGCUGAACAGAACCAGCCUUCACCAGAACCACCAGCCCAGGCGUCGCCUCCAGACGUCGGCGGCGACCCAACGAGGGACGACAGAAAUAAAAACCCCGCCGAGAAGCUUCAACGGUCCGACGCCAGGAAGCCCAGCGGACCGGCAGCACAGACCAAGCAGUCUGCGAACGCCACGCCCCGUCCUGUGGAGCGACCAGCCCCCAAACCAAAGAAGAAGAAAGUGGGCCUGUUCAGCUGACGCCCUGAUGGACACUGAACUGAAAGUUUUAAUGACUUUUAAAUUGUUUAAUCAGCUUUUAGCCCUAAAAUGUUUAGAUUUCUGAUUUUUACUGUUUUACGCCAUCAGCUGUGAUGCAGUUUUUUCCCCCUUUUCUGUCAAAUAAACUUGGAAUUAAACGUU